AUGGAAGGAUCUUCGGUGACGAUGACCAAUUCCAACCGGUCGUCCUUCCACAAUGAAGAGAUCCUGGGCAAUAAUUUUGCAUCGGCGACAUUGACCAAAGCGAACGACGAAGAAGUUGCCGUCAUGGUUGGAAUUGAUGAACGUGGCGAGCAUCGACGAGUCAAACCAUUUCUGUAUCUUGUGGUGGGUAUUGUUUCCAUGUGUGGUCUCUUGUAUGGUUUGGAUCUGGGCAGUGUUGGUGCAACAUUUGUGAUGGAUGGUUUUCGUCAACACGUCAACUGGGACUGUUCUUCUGCCUCAGACAACUGCGAAAGCACUGCGGACCGGGACAAAGGCUUGAUCAGUUUCUUUUUUGGCAUUGGAGCCACCAUUGGUUCAUUGGUGAAUCCAUACUUUGCCGAACGAUAUGGCCGCCGACCCUCCUUGGCACUUUCCACUCUCAUAUACGCAUUUGGCUCUGCAAUUCAAACCUUUGCUCCCUCCAUGCAACUCUUGUGGACUGGGCGAUUCUUUCUCGGUACUGGCAUUGGAAUGUUGUCCAUGGUUGCUCCUGUAUAUGUGGCUGAAGUUGCUCCUGACCGUGUUCGUGGAAGCAUGGGAAUCCUCUAUGAUUUGAGCACUGCCCUAGGCAUUGUCACUGGAUCUGCUGCCAGCAUUGGCCUCAAAGAAUGGCAGAAUGGAUGGCGCAUCAGCUAUGAGGUUGGAUUGCCAUUUGCUCUCCUUUUGCUGCUGACUCUGGCGUUGAAGGUGGUACCAGAGUCACCAAGGUGGCUAGCUGCCCAAGGUCCUGAGCAAGACUUGGUUCUCACCUUGAAGCUCUUGCGCUUUGAAGAGGAACUCGAGUCAGAAACAGAAACCCUUCACAAGGAAGUUCAAGAAUUGCGUGAAAUAGGGGAAGCUUCCUGGCCAGAAGUCUUCUCCACCAACAAUAUGAUGCGACGUCGUGUCAUGCUGGGAGUGUUCUUCUUUGCCAUUCAGCAGCUCAGUGGUGUAGCAGCAGUCCUCUUCUAUGCCCCAGAUGUCUUGAAUACCUUCUUUGAAGAAGAUCAAGCCAUUUUGGGUACUCUGGCCUUGACUGUCCUUGGUUUCUUGUCCACCACUGCAACUGUGGUGGCUGUGGAUCGCCUUGGACGAACCAAGCUACUUGUCUAUGGUGGAGCCAUCAUGUUCCUUUGUCUUGUGCCCCUGGCUGUCCUUGCCUCAUUGGAGCAAAGUGAGUGGGUUGGGUGGGCUGUUCUGGUGUUGUCUGGCAUCUUUAUUGUCAGUAGCUUCAUUAGUUGGGGUCCUGCAUUGUAUGUCCUCUGCUCGGAAAUGUUCCCCUAUCGCACUCGCGGCAAAGCCAACGGUGUCACCAGUAUGUCACACUGGCUCUUUGCAUCAGUGGUGGGAGCUGUCUUCCCCAUUGCAUCGUCCGCCUCCCUGUCGGGGUGCUUUAUCUUUUUUGCCAUUUGCAUCUUCUCAGGGACCAGUGCAGUCUAUUUCCUACAGGUCGAGACCACGGGCAAGACCUUUGCCGAGAUUGAUGAAGCCUUUCUCCAGCACAAACCAACCUUCAAGCGCAAAGAUUGGUAG